AUGAUCCACAGCGUACACGAGCGGCAACCUCAACGCUCAGAAACUGCCGAUGCCGUUAACACAAACCCACGCAAGCGAACACGCGCGGAAGACGGAGAGUUACCAGUGCACCCUGACUUGAAACGUGCACUCUCCGUUGACCUUGCGGCUCUCGUGGCGGUGCUGCAGGAGCACUUCUCCAACUUCACCUACGUCAAUCCUUUCUUCUCGCAAAGCGCAGCGGGAAAGCACAUCGUGCACGGUGGGAGCUGCAGCAGCAGGGGCGGCGGCGGUGGCACCAACUCUGUGCGCGAUGCCACGACGACGACGAUCACAACUCUGAUGGCGGACAUCGACCCAUCAGCGUCACCUGGCGCUCCUCCCUCGCUGCUCACCGCCGCGAAGGCGGUAACAGAAGACGAGAGCAGCGGUGAUGCCACGGACGAGGGCAGCAACGACACGGAUGAGGAAGAGGAUGGAGAGGUGGAUGCCGUGACGAUGCUGCAACGUCUGCCGGCCAUCACCGCCACUCGCUGGGCGAUUCCUGCAGUAGCAGCGGCCCAAGUGACGGGCACAGAGAGCAUCAUCAAUAGAGGAAAAUCGGCAGACGCUGUGCGACACGCCAUUGUCUCGAACGCGCAUAGAAGCAGCUCCUUAUCGAUUCCCUCCGCCGGGGCAGCAGCGGGGGCGGCGAAUGACACCGGCACCGCGCCCACAGCAUCGCCGCAGAACGCAGAAACGGCCCGCGUGUCCGCCGCCAUUCGCGCCUUCGACGCCUUCACCGCAGCACUGGAGCAGCGACCUCCUGACGCAAACGGCGGUGGUGGCGGCGAUGACGGCUUCACAGCCGCACAGCGGCACCGGGGCGAGAUCCGCGCAUCCACCGCCGCCGCUGCCUCUGCUGGUGCUGCGGCUGCUGCUGUUUUUUCAACCCCAAGGAAGGGGACGGCAGCCCCCACCGCAAGACCCGACGAAAAGGUCCGCCGCACGCACCGCCCACCGUCUGCUCCUUCAGCAAAAGCGACAGCAGCGGCCGCACCAGCGGUGGAGAUGCUUAAUCCACGCACAGCGGCGCCGCAGGGCAACACGCGUGUGCCGCAACGCCGCUACAAGUUCAGUGUGCAGGAGGACUCCGCCAUUAUGCACGGCGUGGCACUGUUCGGCCAAGGCUCCGGCGCCUUUAAUCGAAUCUACGACGCCUACCGCACAGUUUGGCUGGCAGGCCGCAAAGCGGUUCACCUGUACGACCACUGGCGAGGCGCGCUGCGUCGGCGUGCCGUGGCGGCAGUGAGCGAGGAGGUGAUGAACGCGGAGGGGUCGAGGGAGGACAACAGCGCUAAAUAUGGGUCGGCUGCUGCGGUGGAGGGGCAACCACUUUCCCACGCAGGGGCGCCAUCUGUGUGGGCGCCGCAGGAGCUAAGCUCUGACAUCGAGGACUCCGACGCAGAGGACCCCAAAUCGUGA